GGAGGAGCGUGCUGUCGCGCUGCUUGGGAACGGCAGCUGGGAGGGCCGCCACGGAGGGCUGCUGUUGCUGCAGGAGUGCUUGAAGUUGCGUGAACAGGGCGAGCCGUGUUCGCUCGACUGCGGCAGCUGGUUGGAUCCGUGCCUCACGCUGCUCAGCGACAAGGAGAUUCGAGUCCGGACGCUGAGCGGCGAGAUCGUGGCGACGCUGUGUCAGUUCGGCGGCCGGGAACUUUACAGCGCCAAGGUGGCUGGGCCGCUGCUGUCUUCUAUCGAGGGAAACUUGUCGCUCGAGCGCGAUGGCCAGGCCUUCCUGGACGACGACGAGGCCACGAAGGCGCUGGCGGACAAGCUGAUGGCAGGCGAGGCCGCCCGCGAGGCCAAGAAAGCGGCAAGCAAGGCAGGCAGCAGGGCGAGCCGCGCGUCUUCGCUGCAGUCCACCAUCUACCACGACACCGCUGGCUGGGGCUCCCUCGAGACAGACGUGGCGUGCCUGCGGCUGAUCCUCGAGCGCUGUGGCCCCGAGCUGGCGCCCUGCGUGGCGGGGGACGGCGAGGCUCUGGAGGUGCUCCUGUCCUGCACCGCGCACCUGAACCGCUUCGUUCGCGGGGCCGCGUUCCGCGCCAUCGACGCGGUGGUGAAAAGCCUGCAGAGUGCCGACGCAGCCGCGGGCGGCGCGGGCGGUCCGUUGCUGGACGCGGCGGCCGCGUCGACCGACCUGCUGUCCCGGAUGUGCGCGGGAGUGUGUGACGAGUGGGCCAACGUCCGCAUGGACGCCUCCGUGCCGCUCCGCAGCUUCAUGCUCGCACUGGGGAGCCCUGAGCGGCGGGAGCCCUACCUUUGCGAGGUGUUGCCAAGGAUGUGCGUGAACCGCUACUACGUCGCUGCCGGCUUGGCCGCCUACUCGCAGAAGACCUGGAAGCUGGUACUGGGCGCCGAAGGCAAGGAAGCCGUGGUGAGGUGGCUGCCGAGCAUCGUGCCCUUCUACAUCCUGCAGACGAAGGUGGCCAACAGCGAGGCCCGCGAGGCUUCAUGCAAGUGCAUCGGGGAGCUGGCGGCGCGAGUCGACCCCGCGGUCGUCUCGCCGCACGCCACUGCCCUGUUCGAGGCGCUGCUGCCGAGGCUCAGUCGGAGGGACGCGUGGCAGGUGAAGCUGGCCGCGUGCGUUGCGGUUGGCGACCUCGUGCGGGCUUUCCCCGAGAAGUUCAAUCUCGGAGCCGCCGAUCCCAAGCUGCUCCACCUGCUGUCGGCGCUGCUCGCAGACGCCGUGUGGUCCGUGCGAGAGCAGGCCGCUGUCUUGCUGGGCCAGCUUGUCAAGCUCUCGGGCGAUGCUUCGGCGCGUGCCGUGCAGGGCCUAUGCCUGGAGGGGCUGGCUGCAGCGUCAAAAGUGCCGGACGAGCGGAAGAAGUACGGCCAGGAGGAUCUUGCCGCGCUCAAGCGGGAGCGCGACAACGACGCGACCCUCCACUCCGACCAGGAGGCCAUCGACUGCUGCGCCGUCGGCGACCUGGACCAGGAGGACAGCGAGCAGCUGACGGAGCCGGGGAAGCUGAACCUGAGCGCUGUCUACAUGCAGGCCAGGGAGGAGCAGGAGGCCCUGGGCCUGGACUCGUGGGAGCGCACCGACGGCUGCCUCUACCUGGCCCGGGAGCUCGCGCACUGCGCGGCGUGGAGGCCUCGGGCCUCGGAGGGCGGGGGCGCCGCCGGGGCCUGCCUGGAGGAGCUGGUGGCGCACCUGGCGCGCGCCGCGGCGCUGCGGCACUUCGUGAAGCACCUCGUGCUGCUCGCGACGCUGUGGGGCGUGCUGCCCGAGAUCGCGGAGGCGGUCGGGGCCGAGUCGUUCCGGCCGCACCUGGCGGAGUUCGCGGGCGCCCUGGCCUACAGCGUGUCCUGCCAGGAGGGCUUGGCAGCCGACGCGGCGAGGAGGUGCGUCUGUCGGCUGGGCUCGCUGCUGGGGCGCCAGGCGUUCUCGCCGCCCGCGCUCGGCCUGGACACGGCAUGCGCGGACGCGUUGCUCGCCUGCCUGGCCCCCGAGUGAGCGCCGCCUCCCGCACGCCCUCGCGCUCGCCGGGUGCAGGCCGCGCGCGGCAGCGACCUCCUCGUCUCCUCGUCUCCUCCGUGCGUAUCGUAUCGCAUAUUCCUCCUCAGGCUCCGUCUAAGUCGCGUCAGUGAACUCUGCCGGUGACUUCUGGGACUCGCCCCAGGCUCGCUCCAGCAGCCCCCUUCGCCUCGGCGAAGUGCUGGGCAACAGGCCAGGGGCCACCAGGCGCCCCGCUACCUCUUCCUUUCGGUCAUCCCCAGGCCGCGGUGUUCCGGCGAUGAGGCCCGCGGGCCGGGCCACAGCGAGAGGGGGAGCUGCGCCCUGGCGAGGAA